AUGGCAGCAGAUGAAGGCUCUCAGGACAUCUUGCGGCUCCAGUUCAAGGCACUGCAGGAAAUGCAGCACAAAAGGCUACAGAAGCAGAUGGAAAAAAGGAAAGAGAAAGAACUGAGCCUCAAAAGCCAAGUCAAUGACCAAAAGGAACUCCUAGAGAUCUCCGACAGCUUCAGCCUCCUCCACACAGGGGAGCAACUCUCAAAAGACAGCUUUGAAAAGAGGGUGCUUGAAGAUGAGAUUGAGCAGCUUCGAGACCAGCUCAGGGAAACAGUUGAUGAGAACGGGAGAUUGUAUAAACUACUGAAGGAACGGGAUUUUGAAAUCAAACACCUCAAAAAGAAAAUAGAAGAUGAUAGAUUUGCCUUCACAGGGACGGCUGGUGUAGCCGGGGAUGUGGUCGCCACCAAAAUCGUUGAGCUGUCCAAAAAGAACCGAGUGCUGAUGGCGGAGUCGGAGGGUGCGAAAACCAGAGUGAAGCGGCUGAGCAGUCGUGUCCAGGAGCUGGAGCAGGAACUGCAGAAGGCCGUGGCCAAGCUGCCAGCCCAGGGGAGCACUGAAGCAGGAACCAAACCUUCAAAGGCCCAGAAGGGAGACGGAACCUUGCCAGACAGCCCCGAGGUGAAGGCCCUGCAGGAGAAGCUGGCCACUGCCAACCUGAAGCUGGGUGACCUCCGCAACCAGGUCCAGGCCGUGAAGCAGGAGCUCAGGGUGGCCCAGAAGGUCUUGGUCAGCGAGGUUGGGGAAGAUGUGAACAUCCAGCAGCUCCUGUCCAACCCUGGGACCUGGCGGGGUCGGGCUCAGCAGAUUCUUGUUUUGCAGAGCAAGGUCCGAGAACUGGAGAAGCAGCUGGGACAGGCCCAGAGCCGGUCUGCAGGGACAGCUGGUGAUGAGCCAUCCAUGCAUUCAGACCCAAGGAAGCUGUCGGCCCCGGAGAAGAACCUGCUGAGAAUCCGGAACCUGGAAAGGGAGAAGCAGGAAGGCUGGGAGAAACUUGCGAGUGAGCGAGACGCCCUCCAACGAGAGCUGGAAGAACUGAAAAAGAAGUUUGACGGCGUGAAGUCUCGGAACAAGGUGCUGUCUAACGAAGUGAAGACCCUGAGGAACCAGAUGGGCACCCUGGUGGAGAAGGGCAGGCACGAUGAUGAGCUUAUCGAUGCCCUUAUGGACCAGCUGAAGCAGCUACAGGAGAUCCUGGGCAGCCUGAGUCUACAGGAGGAAAAGACACGAGCAUCCCAUCACCGCCUGGACCAGCAGCUCAGCAGUGAGGCUCAGCGGAGCAGCAGUCUCGUCGCCCAGCUGCGAGCCAUGGUAGCUGAGCGGGAGGCAAAGGUGCAGCAACUGGAGUUGGAGAUCGGGCAACUCAGCAUGCAGUAUCUCCGGAAUAAAGGCACAGGUGAGGGAUCCAGUGGGCCUGAUGUCAGCCACACUUCCAGGAUCCCAGAGGACACAGGCCUGACCAAGUCCCCAGCCUCAACAGGCGAUCAUGUUGGCAGGCUUGGAUCUUCGCGCUCCGUGACCUGCCUGGGCCACACACUGGUGGAAUCUGCUCUCACACGGCCCUCACUGCCGAGUCCUCACGGGGCCUCACCCAGGUUCUUGGAGACCCCAGAACAAAAAAGCUGGCAGACACAGGCAACAGAGUUUAAGGCCCUCUGGCAGGCCGCCGAGGUGGAGCGCGACCGGCUCACUGAGUUUGUCACUGUCCUACAGAAACGGCUGGAGGAGAGCAACAGCAAGCUUCUGGAGUCUGAAAGGAAGCUGCAGGAGGAGCGGCAGCGCGUGGUGGUGCUGGAGCAACAACUGGAGAAGAUGCGCCUAGAGCCUAGGCGGAGGCCAGCCUCUCAGAAAACAUCCCCCAGGAACAAGACAGGUCAGCUGGCCUCUAACUCCCGGCACAACCCAAACAUAAGCCACAGGAAGGACCCGCCCUUCGCCCAAAUUUCUGAUGUGCCUGUGGAAUCUCAGAUGGAGGAGCUAACUACCAGGCUGGCCAUCCAGGUGGAGGAGAAUGAAAUGCUGAAGGCUGCCCUGGGCAGUGCCUUGCGAGGCAAAGAGGAGGACUUCCGUAUGUACCACGAGACCCUGGACCAGGUGAAAGGGGUCUUCUUGCAGGCCCUGCGGCAGCAGAAGGCAGACAAGCACUAG